GUGACGUGUCCAAACAGUUCCAGCACCGGUCCGCGGGUUUCGCGUGGGACGUCUGUCGUACAUAUAAUCAUUAUUCGAUCCGCGGGGACAAGAUGCUGGACUUCUUCACCAUCUUCAGCAAAGGGGGGAUCGUGCUGUGGUGUUUCCAGGGAUCCGGGGUCACCGAGUCUUUCACCGGCCCGGUGAACGCUCUCAUCCGCUCCGUCAUCCUCCAGGAGCGAAGUGGGAACAAUUCAUACACCCACGAAGCCCUGAGUCUAAAAUACAAGCUCGACAAUGAGUUUGAGUUGAUUUUUGUGGUGGGUUUUCAAAAAAUCCUGACGCUGACAUAUGUGGACAAGUUUAUAGAUGAUGUUCAGCUCCACUUUAGGGAUCGUUAUAAGAAUGAGCUGGAGCAGAAGGGCGCCUUGAAGCUUCUCAACAACAGCUUUGAGUUUGAGGAUGACUUCAAGAUGCUUCUUAGCGAGGCAGAGAAGAGCAGCAAAGCUCGAAGUCACACCCACAUGCGCCCCUUUACUGAGUCUGAGAAGUCCAGAAAAACUGUGAAGUCUAUGAUUGAAACAAAGGGCGGGGAUAAAGUCAAGGACCCCGGUAGCAAGAAGAAUAAAAAUACCAAAAAGGAGGCUCCUGCAGCCGAGCCUGCAAAAGCGGAUCAAGUCAAGGCCUCACCCCCUGGCCAGAAAAUAGUUGAGAAUGGUAACCAGGGCUUGACUCAGGAGAUGUUGGAAAAGAAUAAAGAGGCAUUCUUCCGCAAACGUAUGGUAGUAACAACUGAAAAACCAAGUAAGUCCCCAAAGCCUCAGAAGCCGAAGGAGAAACAAAAACGCAUCUGGGGCAACGGUGGGAGCAGCAGUAAGGACCUAGACUACAGUAACAGGAAUGGAGGAGGGUCUGAUAGUGGUGAAAAGAUCCCAGACUCACAAAAUGGCCUGGGGAUGCAGCUGAGCUCCAUGAAGGGAGACCUGCCGUCUGUGGAAUACGAGUCCAGCGAGGAAGAGGAGAUGGAGGAGGAAGAGGAGAGGGUGGUUGACAAGAAUACAAGUGGAAAAAGCUCCAAAAAAGGUGGUGGUUUUGGAGGCAUGUUUGGGAUGCUGAAGGGCUUGGUGGGAUCCAAGAGCCUGUCUCAGGAGGACAUGGAGCCAGUACUGGAGAAGAUGAAGGACCACCUCAUCGCGAAGAAUGUAGCAGCCGAAAUUGCCUCCCAGCUGUGUGACUCAGUUGCCAAAAAACUGGAGGGCAAAGUCAUGGGCACAUUCACCACUGUGACCUCAACGGUAAAGCAGGCCCUGCAAGACUCACUGGUGCAGAUCCUGCAACCCAAGCGCAGGGUGGAUAUUCUGCGAGACGUCAUGGAUGCGCAGAACCAGCGCAGGCCUUUUGUCAUUACAUUUUGUGGCGUCAAUGGAGUUGGGAAGUCUACCAACCUGGCGAAGAUUUCCUACUGGCUGAUAGAGAAUGGCUUCACUGUGCUGAUCGCAGCCUGCGAUACGUUUCGUGCCGGGGCAGUGGAGCAGCUCCGUACUCAUCAGCGCCGCCUGAACUCCCUGCACCCUCCCGAGCAGCACGGGGGACAACCAGUGGUCCAGCUCUAUGAGAAGGGCUACGGGAAAGAUGCAGCCGGGAUUGCUAUGGAAGCGAUCGCCUACGCUCGCAACCAAGCUUUUGAUGUGGUGCUGGUGGACACCGCUGGACGAAUGCAGGACAACACCCCACUAAUGACGGCCCUGGCCAAACUCAUUGCAGUCAACAUGCCCGACCUAGUGCUGUUUGUUGGGGAGGCUCUUGUGGGAAAUGAGGCAGUUGACCAGCUGGUGAAGUUCAACCAGGCUCUGGCUGACCACUCCAUGUCUGACAAGCCUCGCCUCAUUGAUGGAAUAGUUCUCACUAAGUUUGACACCAUUGAUGACAAGGUCGGUGCUGCCAUCUCCAUGACUUACAUCACAGGCCAGCCGAUCGUGUUUGUGGGUACGGGGCAGACCUACAACGACCUGCGCAGCCUCAACGCCCGUGCCGUGGUCAGUGCGCUGAUGAAGGCUUAAGGGUGGCUGCGCAUUCUGCUGUGCAUUCAUCAUCGCAAGGAAGCCAACAGUACACUUGCCAUGCUGCCAUGAGAUGUUCUUGCCCUGCUAGCCUGCCUUUUCUCGCUCUUGUCCUGCCCAUCCUACUUUAGAAUCAAAUGAAUAAACUCAUUCAAAAGGUACAGGAUUUUCUCCUCCCAGUACAGGACUGACGUACACGUCAAUGGACAGAACGCUUUCCAAAACCACCAGGGGAGCCUCCCUUCGUAGAAUGAUUUUAUUUUAUUUAUUUUUUACUUUUUUGGGCCAAAUUAGAAAGUACCUCAGAUGAGCUUGGGUUUUAAAACAGUGAAGAAACAUCCAAAUGAAAUGUUAGCUGGACCUAGGCUGAGUCAUCAGUUUACAAAGUUACAAAACUUUAGCAUUUUGUCUCUCGGUUUCCUCGUCUUCAUGCAAAUGAGGUCAGGUCUGUGCCAGAGGAAGGCUUAGUGACCAAAGUGCCUCUGCCAUCUCUGUUCUUCAUUAACGCUUUGAUUGCAUAGAUGGUUCCCCACUAAGAAUACCGUGGCAGUUCAGCUCAGAAACCACUGAUGGAUCGGAGGAAGUGGGACAAGUAGGUGUGAAGAUCAGCGGUUAUCGGUUUAGCAGAUAUACCACUCUUUAAAAAAAAAAAGGAAUAUAAAAAACCAGGCUCAAAAUUGAUCACCUUUAAAGAACUACGGUACAUCAUGUACAUACUAAACUUUGCUUUGCAACAAUUUAGUUGGGAAUUUUCCGUGAAGUUCAUCUCCAAGCUCCUCGUCUCACCAGACAUCAGUUGACUCAUUUUUAUUAUGAAACCAAGACUUUGAUUCUUCAGUUUGAGAAAAGUGGAUGGAUAUGUUGUACAUUUGAUUUUUGGUUCCAUGAAGGUGCCCAUAGAUUUAAAGCCCCACUGUAUGUUGUCAGUUGUUUGUGGCCAUUUAAUUUAGUUUCCUUUUUGAUUUAUUUUUCACCUUUUAGGAAAUACACAUUUAAACUCCAGCCCCUCUAAAUUGUUAGUGCAAUAUGAGAGAAUCAAAGGUUAUACUGAAGAUUUGAACUAAUUUAUGAGAAUGUAAACAUUUCUAAAUAAAGCUGCUAUAUGCUCAAA